AAAGCGCCCUGAGUGUAGUGUGUUGUCGAAUAGGUUUAUUCUGCUUGUUCAUGCACACCGCGUGCCAAUAUGUUACACUGAGGUUGUGGUCAAUCGUUAAAUUCUUUUAAUAUCCUUGUCUGUCAACAGCUGUAGCAUGUCCAGCCCUGUCCGCCAUUUUAAAUGGAAGAAUCUUCCCGUCGACGUGUUCAUCAACUGGAGGAAAGUACACAGAGACGUGUAUGUACAGCUGUGACAGCGGGUACUCGCUGGAGGGUCAGUCGAGGAGACAGUGCUUAGCGGACGGAAAUUGGGAUGGAGCUCCACCUUCUUGCAGAAAGAUUGAUGUGAAGCCAUGGAUUGUGUGUCCUGAUAACAUAAAGCAAGAUUUACAGCCCAGCAAGAGCACUGCUGACGUCAGCAGCGUGUGGAAGGAACCCACUUCAAACGUGAAGCAGAUCACUAUCAAUCCGCCUGAAAUCUCUUCUAGUUACCAGUUUCCGGCGGGUGAAACGAAGGUGGAGUGGACUGCGACUAGCCCCGCAGGAUCGGCAAGCUGUGCGAUUUAUGUUACGAUAGAAGACGUGACGCCUCCUACAAUUCACAACUGUCCUAAAGACAUUUUUGAAACCAGCGACCACCCCAAGGCGGUGACCUGGGUCGAGCCAACCUUCAGUGACAAUGUUAAAGUCACGAAAGUGGAUAAGUCACACAACAGUGGUGACACGUUUCAACUGCUUGAAACUAACGUCCUAUACGAAGUCAUGGACGCAAAAUUAAAUAGAGCUUCUUGUCUGUUCAAAGUGACACUCAAGCGUCCGCCAUGUCACGACCCAGAUGGGCCCCUCGAUGGUACCAAGUCAUGCAGUAAUUACGGUGGCGUCAACUUUUGUCAAGUCCAGUGUCCCAGUGGAAGUGAGAUGUACAAAGCGACAGCUUUGUAUUGGCAAUGUAACAGUGGUGUGUGGCAACCUACUGAGACAAUACCUGAUUGUGUUGUGUCCGUGAAGAAAGACCCAAACACGCCAUGUGAAGAGGGCCGAAUUGAAAUGACCAAGGUUAACUUUGUUGGAAGCGAAUUACACUGCACUAAAUGUCCCAAGGGCAUGUACAAAUCCUCCGCGAAAGACUGCAGCCCUUGUCCUGUGGGUACUUUUAACGACCAACAGGGACAAACACAAUGUUCUCAAAAGUGUCCACCAGGUACUUCGUCCUUACCAGGAGCAAAAUCCUCCGUGGAGUGCAAAGCUCCAUGUCCCCCCGGAAAGUAUUCGGCGACCGGUCUGGGACCAAACUGUCCGGACUGUCCGUUUGACCAUUACCAGGAUCAAGCUAUGAAGACCAGCUGUAUUCCAUGUCCAAACGGCACUAUUACUGUUGGCAAGGGUGCAAAGUCACUCGCCGAGUGUGGAACGAAGCCAAAAGUCACUAUAGAUCCACUUGUGUCCAACAUAAAAGAAAAGGAAAGUGUUUCUGUAAAUUGUUAUGCAAGUGGAACUCCAACACCCACAUACAAAUGGACAGAUUUGAUCGAUAUACCCGACGAUUUCCUCGGGAAGAUGUCUCAACACAUCCUGAAGAACGCGGACGGUGAUGUGAUUGGCUCGCGUCUCACUAUCACAGACGCCACGUACGAGAACACGGGCUCGUACGAGUGCUCCGUCACUAACACGCAUGGCAGUGAGAAGGGCUUGGCCAAGAUUAACGUUGAGAAGGUGAUUGAUUUCGGCGGCUCUGGCGAACAGCCGAGUUAAGAAAUCCACAGAUACAUAGAAGUCGUCAGGAAGGGAAGACGUCUAGCAGACAAGCAAUAGACGGAGACAAAGAUAAAGGUUGUAAAACUGUAAUAAUAAACGUAACUUGUUAUCGAA